CGUUGAUAUGAACAACUGAAGAAACUCAAACUAGAACAAAUUGGCUGUUCAGUGUUUCUUGUUUUUUGAUGCUUCUGCAACUGAUCUCAGUGUGUGACUAAGUCUAACUUGAUGACAUCCUAAUAAUUGGUGAAUUUUAUUUGGUUUCCAAAAUCCUUGAUUGAAUUCCUCCUGCCAUUUUCAAACCUAUGUAGUUAGGUUUUGUUAAUUUCAGUUUGUGUAUACCUCUAACAUCAUCAAAACUGUUAUAACUAUUAUACUUUCUUUACCUCAUGCUUAAUAUUAAGUAUUACCCCUUAAAAUAACAUUUUAAAGAUAUUGGUGGCCUGCUUAAAUCGCUGAGUUAACUAACAUGCUGCGUAACAUUUUCUGUAAUUCUUGUUGUCUUAACCAUUCAGUUAUGUCCUUUAGUUGCAAAAUGUAUGCAUGCGCAUUUUCAUUUGGCUUUCAAACUACCAAUACGCAUUUCGCAGAGGCGACAGACAUUUUCACACAGGAUUAGUCUACACUUCAGAUUCAAAAGCAUCACUUCAUUUGAUGUACUAUAGACUGCUACUUUACCUGAUGAUCCCAGAUGGGGAGAAAAUAUUACUCAGGAAAGUAUGCUAAGAAUUCUGUACACUGUGAUCCCAGGAGAAACAUCAGCGUAAACUCAGCCGAUGUUAAUGCAACAAAUAUACAUGGUUUUUGCGACGAUACACGAGCAAUGUUAUAUAUUACAUGGGGUCAUAAUGAUAGCAUUUUGUGGUCUAUUUCCUUCACAUUCCACUUAUAUACUGGUGGUUACUACUCAAUGGAUUCAAUUGAUCUUGAUUAUCGUAUAAAUGGAAGUUAUGUAGCUACGAAAUCAAAUAAGGAAAUGUUUACCAUUCCAGUAGGAAGUUACUACAAUUGUUCUAAACAACAGAGGAUGGAACUAUUCUCAAAUAAUGCACAAGAUUAUAUGGUACGAAUCAUAUUUGAGACUCUUCAAGUAGAAGCAUUCAGAAGUAGUAAAGAAACUAACUUUGUUGGAACCGAGUCACGUUGUACUGUGGAAGACAGAGAUCAUGUUGUGACAUCUAUUGUCGUAACCAUAUCUAUUAUAACUAUGGCCUUAGUCUUUCUGUGCACAUUUUGUUUAACUUCUGAUGAAACAGAUGAUGCAUAG